AUGGACGAAAUACAUCAUGAAAAGAAAAGCUCUGCUGGCCCGGAUAUUCAUCCAGAUGAAGAUACGGGAAAGGUCAUUGCUCUCGAUGACUGCGAAGUCGAGCAGUUUUAUGGCUCUUCUACUACACAGGCCUACCGGCUCAAAUCGGAGCUGGUAGGUAAAUGCAUGGAAGAGAUCGGCAUGGGAAGAUUCCAAUGGAAGCUUUUCGUGGUGACUGGAUUUGGUUGGAUCGUGGACAACUUUGCAUCCCAAGGAAUCGGCAGCGUCCAGCCCCCCAUCGAGCAAGAAUUCUCGGACAUCACCAAAGUAAGCUACAGCUCCGUCGCUUAUUACGUCGGUCUGAUUCUCGGGGCCUCGUUCUGGGGUCUCUCGAGCGAUCUGAUCGGGCGUAAGCCUGCCUUCAACUGCACGCUUCUCAUCGCCGGUAUAUUCCUGUGUGCCACUGCCGGAGCGACGAAUUUCAUCGCGUUCAGUGCGUUUUGGGCUGUUAUAGGUACCGCGGCCGGAGGCAACGUGCCCGUGGAUUCAAUGAUAUUCUUGGAGUUCGUUCCAGGGAGUCACCAAUACCUUCUCACGGCCCUUUCUGCAUGGUGGAAUCUCGGCCAGUUGAUUGUCUCCUUACUGGCAUGGGUUUUUCUGGCCAAUUUUAGCUGUCCGACAGAUGCAACUCCGGAGACAUGCUCUCGUAGCGAAAAUAUGGGAUGGAGAUACACGAUGAUCACGCUCGGAGGUCUCUCCCUUGUUUUCACAUUUGUCCGCAUGUUCCUAUUCAAACUCCCCGAGACACCCAGAUACCUUCUCUCCCAGGGACGAGAUAAAGAUGCCGUAGAUGCCGUGAACUACGUCGCAAGACAGAACGGCAAACCCGAGAUACUAACCAUCGGCAUGUUCCGCGAGAUCGAUGCUCGACUGGGCAUGGUAGUAACAAUAAACGAAGAGGAGAUCCACACAAAACUCUCCGCCAAAGAGAUCAUCUUCGAGAAUAUGGAUGCGUUCAAAGGAAAGCAUUAUCGGGGUCUAUUCGCAACACGCAAACUCGCGCGGCAGACCAUCAUCAUCUGGGCCGUAUGGCUGACUGUUGGCAUCGCAUAUCCACUAUACUUCAACUUCCUGCCGUCGUAUCUGGCUACAAAGUUCACUUCAGAUUCGUCCCUCAGCUCGACAUAUCGUGACUACUGCAUUGAAUCAGCGGUGGGGAUCAUCGGACCUCUAUCUGCAGCCGUAUCCGUGAACACCCGUCUCGGGAGACGAUGGAUGAUGGGUCUAUCGGCAGUGGUGACAGCCGUAUUCCUAUUUGCCUAUGUGGGCGUGAGCAAUCCGACAUCGAGCUUGGCAUUUUCGUGUGUCACAGUCCUUCUGGCCAACUUUGAGUACGCAAUCAUGUAUGCCUUUACCCCAGAGUCAUUCCCAGCUCCGCAUCGUGGGACCGGAGUAGGUACUGCUGCUGCUUUGUUGCGAUUUGGGGGUCUUGUGGCGAGUUUGAUCUCGUCGCAAACUGGGUUUUCCAGUGCGCCUAUCUAUGUCAGUGCCUCGUUGUGGGUUCUUGUUGGUAUCUACUGUCUGGGUAUACCGUAUGAAACCCAUGGGCACGAUGCGCUGUAA